AUGACGUUAUCUGGAUAUCGAUCAUUUAUGCCCUCUCUAAUUGAUAAUCCUCCUCGAACAAAUAACGUGUCAAAUGCUGCUGUCAUUCAACCAUUCAAUCAACCUGCCUAUAACAUAGAACAAGAAAAUAUGUUAACCAGUACUCGUCCUGUUUCACCGAAUACCCCACAAGUCAGUUUACGCUCCAAGCGUCGAGAUGGUAAAAAGUCUAAUGAUAGAGAACGUCAAGCAUUAGGUGAACUUGUUACUCAAUUACAAAAAGAUGUAACUAAUAAGGAUGCACAAAUUAGUAGACUAGCUAAAGAAUUAAAUCAUGUGAAAAGUCAGUUAUCGGAAAAAGAUGCCGGGACGAAUGCAUCGAAUUCGAAAAAUCAAAUUACUCAACAGAAUAAUAAAACUAAUCAUUCCAGUAGUAGUACAACAAUGUUGCUGUCUGGAUUUCCAUCAUUUGCAUCCACUCUAACUGAUAAUCCUCCUCCUAGAACAAAUAACGUGUCAAAUGCUGCUGCUCUCAUUCAACCAUCCAAUCAACCUCCGUAUAAUCUUCAACAAGAAAAUACGUUAAUAACUAGUACACGUCCUGUUUCACCGAAUUCCAUACAAGUCAGUUUACGUUCCAGUCGUCGAGAUAGUAAAAAGUCUAAUGAUAGAGAACGUCAAGCAUUAGGUGAACUUGUUACUCAAUUACAAAAAGAUGUAACUAAUAAGGAUGCACAAAUUAGUAGAUUAACUAAAGAAUUAAAUCAUGUGAAAAGUCAAUUGUCGGAAAAAGAUUCUAUUACAGAUGCAUCGAGUUUGAAAAAAUAUGAAGUUGCAGAACGAAGAUAUCAUUCUUUACAAGAUGAAUUAGACAAAUUAAAAACAGAUGUUAUUAAAUGUAUUCAAAUUGUGAAAAGCAGAGCAGAACUUCAAAAAGAAUUAGAUCAAUUUAUACAAGUUUAUACAGCAGAAGCACAACAAAAAAUGAAAGGUACAGAAGGAUUUCGUUCAUCAUCACGACUGAAACAACAGAUUGAAUCACUCAAUGCCUAUGUUCCGACAAGUGAAAUUUUAAAACGAUUUCAAAAUAUCUUGUUGAAUGAUUUACAAGAUCAGGUGAAUAUACAACAACGUCUUGAAGGCAGUACACAAGAGGCUGUUGGAACAAUGCAGUCACGUGAUAUUGAUGCAGAUAAAAUACAAAGAGCUGUUGAAGAAGUUACACGUGAGGAACGAAUAAGACAAGAACAAUUGCUAUCCGAUAAAGAAGCAAUUAUUGAACAACUUGAAAACCAACUGCGUGAAACUCGUCAAAUUUCAGUUGAAAAACAACCUGGUCAAUACAAUGAAUUUGAUGAUAUGGAAGAAGCACAUCAACUUCUAUCAAGGCUACAACAUGAAAUUGAAUUCAAAGAAACUCAAAUUGAAAAAUUAAAAACACAAUUAGAUCAACAAACUUUAGCAAAUAUAACAUUACGUGAAGAAACUGAAAAACAAUGUGAAUCCCGUUGGAAAUCCAAUGUGAACAGUAAUAGAGAACAAAUUCAACAACAGGCUAGAACAAUUUGUAUUAUACAACAACGUUUAAUUCGUAUGAAAAAACAAUUAUAUGAUACUAGAAAUGAAGUGUUAACAUUAAGAUAUACAAAUCCAACUGCUUCUGAAUCACGAACUCAUUUAACACAAGCACAUAAUCAUCCUCCAACUACACGAACUAAAAUACCAGCACAUGUGAAUGGUGAUGGAACUAAACAGCCUUCUGCACCUUCAUCGAAUGAUGGUGUUACAAGUCCAAAGUUGGGUGAUCAAUUGAAAUCAAAAAUAGGUCAAUUAAAAAAUAUUAUCAAAAGUCAAAUAUCCACUAUUGGUGUAUUACGUUCCGGUUUAGAAGAUAAACUAGUUCAAUUGAAUGAUUCAACAAAAAAUGAUUUCACUCGAUUUUUACAUAGAAAAGAUGAAUUUGAUAUUGGAUCCAACAAUUAUGACAAAAGAAUUAAUUUGGAAUUAUUCAAUACAAAAACACAAUUGGCUAAUUUAAAAACUGCUUAUAAACGUUUAUAUAAACGGUUAAAUUUAAAAGAAGAUGAAGUUAAUAAAUUAAAAACAGUCAUUGAUGAAAUAACUCAUGGUAAAUAUGAACGUGAUUUUAAAGGAGAAACUAUCGAAGAAAUAUCAGGUUUUGGUGAUAAAAAAGAAUUAGAAAAUCCAAUGGAUGCUUUACGUAUUUCCGAAGAUUGUUACCUGAAUUUAAUCAUGUCACUGACAAAUUGUUUAGAUAUUGAUCAAAUUCCAGAACAGCGAUCACUUGUUAAAAUACCAAAAGUGGAAAAAGAAAAAAUUAUGAAAGAACGUCAGUAUAUUAUUGAUUUAUUUUUACAAAAAAUUGAAAUCUUAAAAGAUCAAAUUCAAAAUAAAGAAAGUUUACUCAAUGAAUAUGAACGUGACUUGGGUUUAUUGAAGCAAGCUGAAAUGUUAACAUAUACAAAAGGUGAACAAUUAUAUAAAUAUAUUGAUGAAUUAAAUUUGGAAGAAUCAGAAGUCCGCCUGUUACAACAAAAUUUAGACAGAGUACAUGAAGCUUUAUUAAAAGAACAAGGUGCAGCAGCUGCGUUGAAAAAGUCGAAUAAACUUCAUAAAUCUGAACGUAAAAAUCAACUAGAUUUCAGAGAGAAUCACCAUAGAAAAGAAUCUGUCAGUAUUCAUCAGCAUUCAAGAUCACCUUCAUUUGUCAGAUCAAUGAGGACAAUUAUGCCACCGAAGAAAUAAAACUUAUCAAUGCGACAAUGAACAUACUGACCCAGAGUUGCUCAACCUCAUACUCAGUCUUUGGUAGUUACUGUCUACACCCGAACAGGUUGAACUUCACUGGUCACGACUUCCCCACUAGAACUUGGAGAAGAUUCC